GUAAGAUUCAGUUCAGUCUGACAUUCAGAGGUGAAGCAGAGCACGCAUGUUUUGUAACUAAACCAACUAAUGUGAUCCGUUGUGAAAUGGGGACGAAAAAUGUCUGUUCUUAUCUGUAGAUCUGUAAACUCACACUGCUCAACCAGAUGAAGACGUGGGCUUUCAAAAUGAAGACAUAUAGACUAAACCCAGAAAAAGGUGGAGAAAGAAGUGAAGAGGUAACUGGUCAGAAUACAGCAGCCUCCGCUACUGGAGCCCAGACUGAAGACUCAGUUAGUGGUCUCACUGCAGAUCAAACUGGUCGAGUCCAGACCACCAGACCUCAGAAUGAACCAGUCCAGACCUCCACAGCUCAGACCGGAGGAACAGUCAAUGCACCUCUUCUACAUGGAAGUGUGUUUCAUGGCACAGUUAAUAUCAACUUUGGAGCUGACUCUACGCACAGAGGUGGAGACAGAAGUGAAAAGGAAACUGGUAAGACUGCAGCAGCCUCCUCCAUUGCAGCUCAGACUGGAGUCUCAGUUAGUGCUCUCACUGCAGCAGCUAAAGAAGAUGGAAGUGUAAAAGAUGCACUGAAAAGACAUUUUGUGGCAAAAUUUGCAAAGCUGUAUGACAGGACUUCACUAGAAGAGAGUAAUUUGCUUUUGAAAGACAUUUACACUGAACUAUAUGUAAUUGAAGGCUGCACAGGAGGAGUGAACACUGAGCAUGAAGUGAGACAGAUAGAGUGUUUUUAUCCCAAAAUAGAGGAAACACCAAUCAAGUUCAGUGACACUUUCAAAACACAAUCCAAUCAAAAUGUGCUUGGUACUAAAGUACUUACAUUGGGAAUAGCAGGAGUGGGGAAAACAGCCUCUGUACACAAGUUUAUUCUUGAAUGGGCUGAAGACAAAUGCAACCAGGAUUUAGAUUUCAUUCUGUUUUUUCCCUUUCGGGAACUGAACGUGAUCAAAGAGGAGCAGUACAGCUUCUGUAAACUUCUAUGUUACUUCCAUGAUGAGUUCCAUAAUGCGGAUGUAAGGGAGAUUUUGAAUGACAAGUGCAAGGUGGUUUUUAUAUUAGAUGGACUGGAUGAAAGUAAACUUAAUCUAGAUUUUAAUCAAAAGAAACUAUCUGAUGUAACAAAGACAGCCACUGUUGAUAAACUAAUAACAAACUUAAUCAAAGGAGAGCUGCUUUCCUCUGCUCUCAUCUGGAUAACCACUCGACCAGCAGCAGCCAAACAGAUUCCACACAACUACUUUGAUCAUGUGACAGAAAUACGUGGAUUUCAUGAUCCACAGAAGGAGGAGUACUUGAGAAAGAGAAUCAGGGAUGAAGAUCAAGCCAGCAGAAUCAUUUCACACGUUAAGACAGCAAGAAGUCUCCACAUUUUGUGUCACAUACCAGUCUUCUGUUCAAUCACAGCCACUGUGCUACAGGAAAUCUUGACAAAUGACAAAGACAUGAAAAAUGCUCCUACAACUCUUACAGAAAUGUACACACGUUUCCUGCUAUUUCACACAAGAAAAAAGAGUGAGAAAUACAGCACAAUGCAAAAUGAGGACUGUACAGUUGCCCCAUCCAAAAGAGGCAGGCUGGGAGUAGAGGGUGUACUGAAGCUUGGAAAACUAGCAUUUCUUCAGUUACAGAAAGGACAACUCAUAUUCUAUGAGAAUGAUCUGAAAGAAUGUGGCAUUGAUGUUGAUGAAGCUGUAGUGUACUCUGGAGUUUGUACACAAAUCUUUAAAAAGGAUGAGAACAUUUUCAGCUUUGUGCAUUUGAGUUUCCAGGAGUUUCUUGCUGCCGUCUUUGUCUUCCUUACAUUCAGUCAUAAAUGUAACCCACUCCUUCAAAACAUAGGUGAGAAAAUAAAGUGGAAGUUUAAACAUACACUGGGUGAUCUCCUCAAGACAGCAGUGCAAAAGGCCAUGAAGAGUGAAAAUGGACAUCUGGACCUCUUCCUCCGCUUCCUUUGUGGCCUCUCCCUGGAGUCCAAUCAGAGGCUCCUUAAGAGUCUGCAACCAGAAAUUGAUAUCAAAGAAGAGAGUCUAAAGAACACUGCAGACUACAUUAAAAGAAAGAUUGAAAAGACAAAAUACUCUGAGAAAAGCAUCAAUCUCUUCCAUUGCCUGAGUGAACUCAAAGACAGCUCUCUUACAAGCAAAGUUCAGGAAUAUCUGAACUCAGGAGAUCUCUCAACACAGAAACUGUCAUCUACACAGUGGUCAGCUCUAGUGUUUGUGUUGCUGAUGUCAGAAGAGACUCAAGAGAUGUUUGAGCUGAGGAAAUACAGACCAUCAGAGGAAGGACUGAGAAAACUACUGCCAGUGGUGAAAAGCACAAGACGAGCAUUGUUGGACCAUUGCAACCUUAGUGAGGACAUCUGUGAAGCUGUGGCAUCUGUGUUGAGUUCAGAUUCACCACUGAAAGAGCUGGACCUCAGUAACAAUGACCUGCAGGAUUCAGGAGUGGAGCUGCUCUCUGCUGGACUGACAAAUUCACGCUGUAAACUGGAGAUUCUCAGACUUUUCAGAGUCAGACUGGUCCAGAAAGUGUCAAGCAAGAGGCACCCAAUCAAGGCAGAUAAAGAACAGCAUCAGACUGCACAGGAUGGGCAGUUGCUCAGCUCAGUAAAGAAACACACAGCAAGGCCUGCUAAGAUCCAUGGCGCUGCAUGGGCUGAGCCCCGCCCCCACUACGGCUACUCAGACCACAUCUCCGUGAUGCUCAUUCCAACAUACAGACCACUCAUCAGACGUGCCAAACCAGACCAGAAGCAAGCUUUCAAGUCAAGGGACAAAGCAAGCCUCAGGAUAGCAAGAGUCAAGCUUUCCCACGCCAUCAAAGAGGCUAAGCGUGCCUACUCAAAGAAAAUCCACAAUCACUUCCAAAACACUGCUGACACAUGGCACAUGUGGCAGGGCAUCCAGGCCAUCACCAACUACAAGUCACCUCCGCCUGCUUGUGACAGUGAUGGCUCCCUUCCAGACGCGCUAAAUAACUUCUAUGCUCGGUUUGAAGCACGGAAUGGCACGACGGCAAGGAAAACCACACCUCCUCCAAGUGAACAGGUACUGUGUCUGUCCACAGCUGAUGUGCGGAGAAGUCUACACAGAGUCAACCCACGAAAAGCACCAGGAUCCGACAGCAUACCGGGCAGAGUGCUUAAAGAGUGCGCCAAACAGCUGGCUGAUAUCCUCACGGACAUAUUCAACAUCUCUCUGAGCACUGCAGUCGUUCCAACAUGCUUCAAGUCCAGCACCAUCAUCCCUUGCUUUGAGAGCCUUGUCAUGAGGCGCAUUAAAGACCAGCUUCCUCCUUCACUGGACCCACUGCAAUUUGCAUAUCGCCCCAACCGCUCAAUAGAUGAUGCCAUCUCCUCCACACUCCACCUGGCUCUCACCCACCUGGACAAUAAAGACACCUAUGAUUCAGGAGUGGAGCUGCUCUCUGCUGGACUGAAGAGUUCACACUGUAAACUGGAGACACUCAGACUUGCUAUAUGUAAACUCAGUCAACAGUCCUGUGAGAUUCUGCGGUCAGUUUUAGAAUCACAAACCUCUUCCUUGAAAGAACUGGACCUCAGUGACAAUGACCUGCAGGAUCUAGGAGUGGAGCUACUCUCUGCUGGACUGAAGAGUUCACACUGUAAACUGCAGAUACUCAGAUUAUCUUUUUGUAUGGUAACAGGGAAAGGCUGUUCUUAUCUGGCUUCAGCUCUGUAUUCGAACUCGUCAUGCCUGAAAGAACUGGAUCUGACCUACAAUCAUCCAGGAGUGGCUGGAAAGAAGCUGCUAUCUGCUAGACUGGAGGAUCCACACUGCUCACUCAACAUACUCAGACUGGAAUAUGGAGGUGAGAUCAGAAUCACACCAGGACUGAAGAAAUAUUCCUGUCAGUUCACUCUGGAUCCAAACACAGCCUACGCAGACCUCACUCUGUCUGACGGGAACAGAAAUGUGACACAUGUGGAAAGGCAUCAUGCUUAUCACUCGUAUCCUGAUCAUCCAGAGAGAUUUGAUGGGUGCUGGCAGGUUUUGUGUAGAGAGAGUGUGACUGGACGCUGUUACUGGGAAGCUGAGAGGAGCGGGAUGGUUCAUAUAGCAGUUACAUAUAAAUCAAUCAGCAGGAAAGGAGGCAGCGAUGACUGUGGGUUUGGACGGAAUGAAAAGUCCUGGAGUCUGAGCUGCUCUAAUAACAGUUACUCUGUCUGUCACAAUAAUAACAUCACUGCUGUCUCUGCUCCUUCCUACAGCUGUAAGAGAGUAGGAGUGUAUGUGGACUGUCCAGCUGGCACUCUGUCCUUCUACAGCAUCUCCUCUGAUACACACACACUGACACACUUACACACAUUCUACACCACAUUCACUGAACCGCUCUAUGCUGGAUUUACAGUCUGUUCUGACGCCUCAUUGUAUUUGAGAUAGAAUAACCUCCUCUAAAAUAACUAGAGCCCAUGAAAACUUUUUGAAAAAACUGAAUUCUCUCUCACUGUAUGUCUCUGUCUCUCACCUUCCUCUCUCUUUCUGUCUCUCUCUCU